GAAAAAAAAAAUACAAAAGACACAAAGCCGAAAAAAAUAUUUACUAGUAAAACGUUAUGGAUACAUAAUUGUCCUGGAUGUAUCUCAUAGAAACCGUCUACACGCAUAGUAGUUUUAAUUUUAACUUUUACGUUUCGUACAUAUAAGUUUAUUUUAGUGUACUAACGUUAAAAGGAGACUCGUCGGUGACUUUUAUUUUGUUGAGUUCCUGAGCGGAAGUUGGAUGUGAGUUCUCAGCGCUCCUUCUACUCCUCCUCGUCUUCCCUCCCAGAGGCUCGCCUUCUGAAACGCCAAGGCAAAGGCAAUGGCUCGCGGCCAGCAGAAGAUUCAGUCGCAGCAGAAGAACGCCAAAAAGGCAGCAGAGAAGAAAAAGUCGCAGGGAGCAGAUCAGAAAACGGCUGCCAAAGCAGCACUUGUCCACACAUGUCCUGUGUGCAGGACACAGAUGCCAGACCCCAAGACUUUUAAGCAGCAUUUUGAGAGCAAACACCCCAAGUCUCCUAUGCCCCCUGAGCUGGCAGAUGUGCAGGCAUAAACAACACUGGGAGCUACCAGAAUCUGCAUCUGGGACCCUGAGAAGAAAUGAUGUGAUUCAGCUUGGCCAACUGAUUCUACUUCUAGAAACAGACUUUGAAUUCGAUGCGACAGAGGACACUUAAUGAUGGACUAAAGCACACCAGCACCCUUUGAUUUUAUAUUUUUAUAUGUAUUACCCUUUGUUUGGGCAUACCCUCAGUUUUAGUGUGCCGUACCAGCCUCGUUAUCACCUCCUGUCAAAACCUACAGUGUUUAUCCACGACAAUUAUUUCUUUCCUGUUGCAAAUUUUCACUUUAAGACUCAUAAUUAAUGAGAUGAGUAAUAGUUCAUUGGUGCAUACAGCUCAGAAAUGCUUUGUAAACAUGAGCCAUGAUAGGAAUUGCAUCACUGUGUGAAGUAACAAUGUUGGCCAGGAUUGGAUGAUUGAAUUAGAUGAGUUCAGUUGGGGGAAAUUGUCCUGAUAAUUAAACAAACCCUCUUGUAAAGUUCUAUGGGUGUUAAAUAGAGCCUCUGAAACUGCUUAAUGUGUGCUUAAUUUUCAAUUUUUUGCUAAGGUUUUCAAUAAAUGUGUAAGCAUAUA